GUCAGGAAGCGCACAGGCUGCCCUCCCUGGCUCCCCUCCAGCGUGGACGGGCAGCGGACGGGCAGCUCCCAAAGGACCUGAGAGGCGGGCACCACAGCGGCCGCCGGGGCCAUGUCGGACUACGAGAACGAGGACCAGUGCUGGAGCGCCCUGGAGGGCUUCCGCGUGCAGCUCACCUCCGCCAUCGACCCCGCGCGCAUCACCCCCUACCUGCGGCAGUGCAAGGUCCUGACCCCCGACGACGAGGAGCAGGUGCUCAGCGACCCCAGCCUGGUCAUCCGCAAGCGCAAAGUGGGUGUGCUCCUGGACAUCCUGCAGCGCACCGGCCACAAGGGCUACGUGGCCUUCCUGGAGAGCCUGGAGCUGUACUACCCACAGCUGUACAGGAAGGUCACCGGCAAGGAGCCGGCCCGCGUCUUCUCCAUGAUCAUCGACGCGUCCGGGGAGUCGGGGCUGACGCAGCUGCUGAUGGGCGAGGUGAUGAAGCUGCAGAAGAAGGCACAGGAGCUGACGGCGCUGCUCAGCGCCCGGGAGGCCUGCAUCCGGGAGCUGCGGCUCAGGGACAGCCUGCUGAGCGCGCACCAGGAGCGCCUGCAGCGGCUGCGGCGGGAGUGCGAGGCCGGCGCCCGCGAGCUCAAGCGUUGCAAGGACGAGAACUACGAGCUGGCCAUGCGCCUGGCGCGCCUGAGUGAGGAGAAGGGGGCGGCGCUCACGCGGGCCCGCGACCUGCAGCUCGAGGUGGACGGGCUCCGGCACAGCCUCCUGAGGGCGGAGGAGGACUGCACGGUGGAGCGCAGGCACACGCUGCGGCUGCGGCGCGCCAUGGAGCAGCGGCCGAGCCACGAGCUGCUCUGGGAGCUGCAGCAGCAGAAGGCCCAGCUGGAGGCGCGCGUGCAGGACCUGGAGGCCGCGGCGCAGCAGGGGACGCGGGACCGGAGCAGCCCCUACGUCCAGGUGCUGGAGGAGGAGUGGCGGCAGGUGCUGCGCGACCACCAGGACCAGGCCGGCACCAUCUUCUCCCUGCGCAGGGAGCUGCGCCAGGGCGAGGCCCUCCGCGCCCGGUGCGCGGAGGAGAAGGAGGUCCUGGAGCUGCAGUGCCAGGCCCUGCGCAAGGACGCGCGGCUCUACAAGGAGCGCAUGGAGGCCGUGCUGCAGCAGAUGGAGGAGGUGGCCCUGGAGCGGGACCAGGCCAUCGCCACGCGGGGGCAGCUGCACGCCCAGCACGCGUGCAGCCUGCAGGAGAAGGACGCCCUGCGCAAGCGGCUGCGGGAGCUGCGGGAGCGAGCGGACGAGCUGCAGGUGCAGCUGCUGCAGUGCCAGGGCCGCCUGCUGGCCGCCGAGGGCAGGCUCCAGGGACAGCAGCCGGACACGCUCACCCUGAGCUGGGACCUGGAAGACGGCUCGCCCAGGGACUCCGGGGAGCUCCCCGGGGACCCAGAGGACACCCCGCCGUGCGACAAAGGUGGCCUGGGGGUGACCGACACGCACAAGGAGAUUUCUCCGAGCCCCCACGACGCGGGCCUGGGCAGCGAGCCCCCAGCGCUGAGCCCGCCCCUUCCCCAGGACGCGGGCCUGGGCAGCGAGCCCCCCGAGAAGGAGCGGCGGCGGCUCAAGGAGAGCUUCGAGAACUACCGCAGGAAGCGCGCGCUCAGGAAGACGCAGGACAGCUGGCGGCACGGGGAGGCGGACCGGGACCACACGACGGGCAGCGACAACACGGACACCGAGGGCUCCUAGCGGCCCCGGACACACCCCCACGGGGACCCCCUGGCGCCCGGGGCUCCCGCCGUGGGCGCGGGGGUCAGCCGUUGCACCGUGCGGCUGAGCACGGCAGGCGAGCCCUUCCCGGCGCCGCAACCCGCAGCCAAGCAAUAAAAAGGCACCUAGAGCGA